AUGCAUUACGUGAGAUUGGCUACAGAUGACAUCGAUAUUGCGAUAUAUGUGCAAAUCGAAAUUGUUGCACCAUCCGCGACUGCUACCAUUACUAAUACAACAAAUGUCGCAAAUACAACAAUAACAACAGCAACAAUAUCCACUGCAACAGUUGCAACGAAUAAAUUCUCUGGACCACUCCAUAAUGACAGUAAAUUGAAGCCAAUCGCAAAAAUGAAAAAAGAAUCCGGAAAUGGUGCACGUCAUUUUCACUGUAAUGAUUGGCGUGAAAUGCUCUCCUUGGUUAAUACAGCUAACAAAGUUACUGUUGGAAGUCGUGGAACACAAACGGAUAAGGAUGUACCAUCGAAGUGUUUUACGUCAGAACCACCGGAAGUAUGUGCAACGCCAACUUCAUUAACUAGUGCAAUGCAUUCGAAAACAAGGGCUACUAGUUCAACUUCAUUGUUGCAAAAUAAUUGGGUAGAACAAACAUUCAAAAAACGUGAAUGCAUCCAGUUUAUACCGAGUAAUCGAUGUGCUGAUAAAUGUGGUUGUGGAAAGUUGAAACGAAAUCACAUGUCAAGUCGACGAUGCUCAACAUCAUGGAAUAUUCCAUCAGUUGAAAGGAUUCCUAAUGCGACCAGAAGCGAUGAAGAAGUAGAACCGGAGAUGACAGGUUGCGAAAGUGAGGUUGGAUUAUCAAGUAAACCUGCUAAGACUAGUGAGAAGUGGACGAUAGGGAAGCAUACAGCUUUAUUCCCAACCGAUGCUUAUGGUACAAUUGAAUUUCAAGGUGCGCCUCACCCAUAUAAGGCGCAGUAUUUGAGGUUGACAGUCGAAUCAAAUCCAUCUGAUAUUAUGGAUUUGUUCGAAACGGUCUGGAAGGUUCCAGCUCCAAAAUUAAUUAUAACAGUUCAUGGAGGCAUGGCCGAUUUUGAUUUACAACCAAAAUUAGCACGAGUGUUUCGUAAAGGUUUAUUAAAAGCAGCGAAAACUACCGGUGCGUGGAUUAUUACUGCAGGUAUAAACGCUGGUGUAGUUCGUCAAGUUGCAGCAGCAGUUGACGGCUCGAGUAAUGUUUCACGAGUUCGUUCCAAGAUAGUCACCAUUGGUAUUGCUCCAUGGGGUUUGUUGAAGAAGAGAGACAGCCUUCUGGGACAGGGUACAGUUGUUCCGUAUCAUCCACAUUCCUUUUCUCCUAAAGGACGAUUUGCUGUGUUGAAUAGUAGACAUUCCUAUUUUCUACUUGUUGAUAAUGGUACUGUAGGACGUUAUGGAGCUGAUGUUAUAUUGAGAAAAAGGUUGGAAUCAUAUAUUUCUGAAAAACGAACGCUUGGUAACGGAACACGAAGCGUUCCGGUUGUUUGCGUUGUCUUGGAAGGUGGAACUUGUACAAUUAAAGCAGUUUACGAUUGUGUUUGCAUGUCACCGCGAGUUCCAGUCGUUAUUUGUGAUGGGAGUGGUCGGGCAGCUGAUUUAUUAGCCUUUGCGCAUCAAUACGUGCAAGAGGAUGGACAGCUGCCCGAAGGUGUAAAGCCGCAGUUGUUCAGUCUAGUGCAAUAUGUAUUUGGUUAUGAUGUUAAUGCAGCCGAAAAACUUCUAGAACAGUUGAUGAUGUGUGUUCGUCAAAGACAUCUGAUAACAAUUUUUCGUUUGGGUGAAGAUCAGAAACAAGAUGUCGAUCAUGCCAUCUUAACAGCUUUAUUGAAAGAGCAGAAUUUAUCAGCGCCAGAUCAGCUUGCAUUAGCAUUAGCUUGGAACCGUGUUGAUAUAGCACGAUCAGAUAUAUUUGUGCUGGGACAGGAUUGGCCAAAGGCAGCUCUUCAUAAUGCAAUGAUGGAAGCUUUAAUAAAUGAUCGGGUUGAUUUUGUUCGUUUAUUGCUUGAAAAUGGUGUUAGCAUGGGUAACUUUUUAACCAUUGGACGGUUGGAAGAAUUGUACAAUACGGAUAAAGGACCGCCUAACACACUGUUCUACGUGGUGCGAGAUGUGGUUAAAAUACGUGACGGAUAUCGUUAUCGACUACCUCAUAUUGGUCUUGCAGUUGAAAAACUUAUGGGCUAUGCGUAUAAGUCAUCGUAUACAACCGAACCUUUUCGUUCUAAAUAUCUUCUGUAUAGGAAUAAAUUGAAGAAACUUCGGAAACAAAAUCAGGAUAGUGUUCGGGACUCUUUAACAUCCGAUGGUUUUGUUACACCGAUAACAAAUCCGGAUAAACUUUGCGCAGACGCUGUUUUGGCUUCAUAUUCUGGAAAUCGCGCAUUAAAUCAUCAUAUAUUGUGGCGCUCAAGGCGAGAUAAUCCAGCAAGUAAUUUUGGAUUAAUGCCAUCAUCGAAACCAACUGCAGUACAGGAAACAGUUGUUGAUAUUGAAAAUGAAUCUUUGUGCUCUGAUAUGGAAAAGGGUGUGGAUGAUUUCAAAUAUCCAUUUAAUGAACUUCUUGUUUGGGCUGUUUUAACCAAACGACAAGAGAUGGCAUUAUGCAUGUGGCAACAUGGUGAAGAAGCUAUGGCAAAGGCUUUGGUAGCAUGCCGAUUGUAUAAGAGCUUAGCAAAAGAAGCUGCAGAAGAUUAUUUGGAAGUUGAAAUUUGUGAAGAAUUAAAGAAUUAUGCAGAGGAUUUCCGCAAACUUUCACUUUCACUAUUGGAACAUUGCUACCAUUAUGACGAUGCACAAACACUUCAGUUGCUUACUUAUGAAUUAAUUAGUUGGGGGAAUGAAACGUGUCUUUCACUUGCCGUAAUGGUCAAUAAUAAACAAUUUUUGGCCCAUCCAUGUUGUCAGAUCCUAUUGGCUGAUUUAUGGCAUGGUGGCCUAAGAAUGCGCAGUCAUUCCAAUCUAAAAGUAUUAUUUGGUUUAUUCUGCCCGCUGACUAUUUUCUUAUUGGAAUUUAAAUCACGCGAAGAAUUAUUGUUGCAACCGCAAACUGCAGCAGAGCAUGAAAAUGAUCUCAGUGAUAGCUCCAGUUCUAGUUCUGGAACUGAUUCGUCAUCGGAUUCAGAUUUCAGUUCGGUUGACGACCUUCAACAUAAUGAGCAAGAUGGAGAAAGACGAAGAAACUCAACAGAAAGUACACAGUCAAUAAAUUUAGCUGGACUGUUCCAGGGUAAACGAAAACGUACUCGACCCCAUCUCAAAGAUGGUAGUUUUAUGUCAAAUGGUGGAAAUAUAACAAUGCCACAUGAAAUUAUCGAAAUUGUAAAUGUCAACGCAUUAGCUGUAACUAAUGGAACAGGGUCUGUAUUCUGUUCUCCAAGAAGUCAUAUGCGAAACAGUUCAGUAUCAUCAGUCCAAAGUCGAAUCAGUCAACAGCAACAAACUGCAAUUGUAUCACGUAAAACCCCGCCGAAACAAGUUUCCACAAGCAAAAAAGAACGUAUUACUCAUCGGGAAACUUGCGUAUCGCUUACGAAUUGUGUUUGUGGUAUAAUGAAAGGUAAAAAUUUACAACGUAAAUUCGAUUCAUCCGAUCAUGGCAGUAAAUCCGCACAUCCAUCACUUUCCAGAAUGGUUACAGUAGCCGGACAGACCAUUCCUCAUAUGAGACCGAUUAAAUUUCGCCGAAAGUUGUAUGAAUUUUAUACAGCUCCAAUAACAACAUUUUGGGCGUGGGCAAUUACAUUUUGUGUAUUCCUAUGCUGCUUUACCUACACAUUGCUUAUUAGAACAUUAAUCACGCCAACAUGGGUGGAAUGGCUUGUGUUUUCAUACGUUGUUGUAUUUGGUUUAGAAUAUUUGCGUAAGUUUAUUAUGUCAGAACCGGAAUCGCUUGCUCAAAAAGCCAAGUAUUUUUUUGAUAAUACCUGGAAUUUACUAACAACUUUAGCCGUCGCAGCAUAUUUAAUUGGAUUUGGAUUACGACUGGAUGUAAAGCAUGAGUCAAUGAGAGCAUUUGGAAGGGUAGUGUUGGCAUGUAAUUCGGUGCUUUGGUCCAUUAAAUUGUUGGAUUUCAUAAGUAUGCAUCCUCGCAUGGGACCUUAUAUUACCAUGGCCGGAAAAAUGAUCCAAAAUAUGCUCUACAUCAUCGUGCUAUUGUUCGUUUCAAUGUUGGCAUUUGGUUUGGCACGACAAGCAAUUACUUACCCCAAUGAAGACUGGCACUGGCUUCUUGUCCGGAAUAUUUUUUACAAGCCAUAUUUUAUGCUUUACGGAGAAGUAUACGCUGGAGAAAUUGAUACAUGUGGAGAUAGAGCUUGGGACUUACAUAUUGAGAAAGGUAUUGCUAUCAGUGAUUUGUAUAAUGGGGCACGUUCCGAUAAAAAAUGUCCACUUGGUUAUUGGGUACCACCAUUGCUGAUGACCGGUUUCCUACUCAUUGCCAACAUCUUAUUGAUGAGCAUGCUUUUGGCAAUUUUCAAUAACAUUUUUGAUAAAACGGAUCGUGUUUCGAAGGAAAUUUGGCUUUUCCAACGUUAUCGGCAAGUAAUGGAGUAUGAAAGUACACCUUUCCUUCCUCCUCCAUUUACACUUCUCUAUUAUUUAUGGAUGAUUUACAAAUACAUUAAAAUCAAAAGAAAUUGCACUACAAAUUCAAAGCUUGCGACAAAGACGAAUUCGAAACUUUUUGAUUUUGCUUUAAAGUUAUUUUUAAACGCUGAUCAAGUGGAAAAGUUACAUGAUUUUGAAGAAGAAUGUAUGGGUGAUUUAGCUCGUGAAAAAGAAUAUGAGAAGAGCACGUCAACAGAAGAAAGGAUUCAUCGAACUGCGGAGCGAACUGAUCUCAUGCUUGUUCGGUUGAAUGAUCUUACAAGUAAGGAACGUGAUUUGGAUCGUCGUUUGGAGAUCAUAGAAAGUGGACAGCAUGAAAUGCUUGAUUAUAUGCGCCAAAUAGUUAAUGCGACACCGUAUCUUCUCCCAAAAGCAUCACAGAGCAGUGGCAGUUUCCCUCUAUCAUCAUUGCAGCUCAGCUCAUCUACGGAUGAACGCAGUCAGGGUAAUUUGUCAGGUGCAGCGGAUUUAGCAGCCCUCUCAAAAACUGACUAUUUGUCGAGAAAUGAAAGAUUGGAAACUAAGUCUUUGGGGAAUUGUUACAGAAAUUCAGCGAAAGAAAAUAGCAGCUUUAUUAAUUGUGCUUACCCAACCUAUCCAAGAAAACGUGCUCGUACAACAACGGUAACGAGUUGUGUUGAAGUUCAUACUGGUUCACAAACGAACGCGGAAAGUGGUGAUUAUGAUCGCUUUGGAAGUAUGUUGUCGCUGAAUCCAGCCGUAUUAAAUCUUGGAAACGAUAGUUCUGCGAUCAGGAAGAAGAGUUCGUGUGUAGCGGAUAGCGUAAGACGUGCAAGGAGGCAUGAAGAGUAUACCUCAAUAACCGAUGCGAUUAAUUUAGAUGAGUCUUCGCAACCUGAUAAGAGCCACUUUUGUGAUAAUGAUCUUUCCGAAACACAUCACGUAGAGAAUGAUGAUUUAGCUGAAGAUGAUGAUAAUAUGGAAGCGCAGUACAGUGGAACACUUACGCCAACAACAACUUUACGAAGAGCAAAAGAAAGUUUUUUGCGCCAACAGAAUAAUAUUUUUAAGGAGUAUGAGGAACAAGUUAUGGUUACUGGUCCUGGCGAAUCAGCUCUGAUCAAUGAAAGUGAUGUUGGAGAGGAAGUGUCGAGUUGUGUUAAUGACAUGGAGGAGAAGCCGAGGAUUGUUGUGGGUGAUGAAGAACUUCCUGAUUCUAGAAAGGUAUCAUCAAUUUUAUUUACUACUUCUGAUGUGUUUAUAAUUCGUUCAGAAAAGCCAGGAAAGAAGUCAGUCAUUGAACAAUGUGUUAAAAAUAUGAAAUUUCGAAAAUGGAGCCUACGUACGAUCAAAAUGGGAAACAUUUCUUUGUAA